AUGAGAGCUGUACUUGUACUACCUUCACCCCGCCAUCGACACUGCGGAGAAUAUAGUGAGGUACAAAAUUGAAAAGAAAAUUCUCCGUGAUUUCAAUUUAUGUUUGAGGUUACAAAUCGCUAGACACUGCAACAAAUCUCAAAACUUCUUCAAGCUUUCGAUUCGUAUAAAGAUCAAGAUGACGACCUUCACCAAGAUUCAAGACAAUGAAACGCCGGUCAUUUCUGUGAAUGCUGGAGCGCGACUAUCCAAGAUCAACCCAAAUAUCUAUUCAGGGUUUACAGAACAUAUGGGUCGAUGUAUCUACGGAGGCAUUUACGACCCUGGAAACACAUUAUCGGACGACAAUGGCUUUCGAAAGGACGUUUUGGAAGCUUUAAAAGAGCUUGAUAUUCCCGUUGUCAGAUACCCUGGUGGAAAUUUUGUUGCUACUUAUCACUGGUUGGACGGCGUUGGGCCUAAGGACCAGCGACCAGCGAGGCCAGAAUUGGCAUGGCUAGGAACGGAGACCAACGAAUUUGGCACAGAUGAGUUUCUCAAAUGGUGUGAGGUUUUGGGCACAGAGCCGUACUUCUGUUUGAAUUUUGGGACAGGAACCCUCGAUGAAGCUAUGGCUUGGGUUGAAUACUGCAAUGGCACGGGAAACACAUAUUAUGCCAAUCUGCGGAGGAAAAAUGGUCGGCAAGAACCUUAUAAUGUUAAAUACUGGGCUCUAGGAAAUGAAACCUACGGACCUUGGCAAGUUGAGCAAACAACGAAGGAGGCGUAUGCCCACAAAGCGUACCAAUGGGCGAAAGCUCUCAAACUCCUUGACCCUAGUUUAAUUCUUGUCCUGUGUGGCGAAACAGGCACUACCUCGUGGGAUUACUACACUCUUAAAGAAUGUCUUAAGCCUACUAGGGCUACGUUAAAUAGCAACCCUACACCAUUGAUUGAUAUGCACAGCAUACAUAUGUAUACGGCUUCUCCAAAUCAUCUUCCGAAUGCCACCGCGCCUUUGGCAGCAGAACGAGCCAUCGAAAUCGCGUCUUCCUUGAUCGACCUCGCUCGUAUUGAGAAUGGCAUAUCCCCAGAUGAGCCGCGUCCUACACUUUGCUUUGAUGAGUGGAAUGUCUGGGACCCUAUUCGCGCUGAAGGUAGAUUUGGUGCCGAAGAGACGUAUACCCUGUCUGACGCAUUGGCUGUGGGUGUCUUUCUCAAUGUUUUCGUCCGAAAGAGCCGCGAUCUUGGAAUGGCAUGCAUUGCCCAAAGCGUUAAUGUUAUUUCACCACUCAUGACGACAAAGGAGGGAAUAGUCAAGCAGACUACUUGGUGGCCAUUGCUUCUCUUUUCCAAAUAUAUGCGAGGCUGGACUAUUGCAGCUCAUGUGGCAUGUGGUUCCUAUGAAGGUGAGACGUCGCCUGCGUGGCUGAGAUCAACUAAAGAUACACCAUGGCUCGACGUUAGUGCUGUCUUGGGUGAUGACGGAUAUGUCAACAUCGUGGUAGUCAAUGUUCAUGAGAUCCAAAGUUUCAAGUCCAAGCUAGAGGGAGUCGACAGUUCAGUCCAGGUCUUCACCGUGACAGGCUCUGAUGUCACAGUGACUAAUAUGAAAGGAAAAGAGGAAGUGAGCUUGCAAGAAAGCAAGUGGGAUGGUAAUGGGGAGUAUGAGUUUCCUAAGCAUUCCCUGACACUUUUGCGUUGGAAAGCUAGAUUGGAAAAUAGACUAGUUUGGUAGAAUAUUUCAUAUCGGAUCGUAUCCGAAAAAACCUCUAUAUAGUUUUAUAGACAUGGGGAUACUUACUCAACGUAUAAACCAGCGAUAUUAUGACGAAAAAGCCCAGUUAAAUGCUACAUACCGUUUUCU